UAAAUCGCAGAAACUUUAAUCUGCAAUCAUCUUGGACGCGGAAGGAAAGCCAUAUGACGGAUACUUCCGUCCGGGUAAUUACAGGCCACCCCCGCCGAGCUCAUGGUACGGUCCACUCCGCCGCCAGCCCUGCUUUCAUCCGCCGCCGCUCGCUUCUGGACCAGUCGCGCGGAUUCGGACCGGAUUUUCACGCUUUACGGGAGUCACGGAAGAGCCAUGCGCUCGCGACAGCCGGUCCGCGGAGACUGACGCGCGUUCUCGUCUAAACCCCAGCGCUCGGUCUGUCUGAGAGACUCGCGCGGAUUCCGACACCGGAGCUACGGACUGUCCGGUUCCAUGUUGCAGCCGAACCAGCACGAACACGCCCGCUCAAAGGAUCCGGUGAAAUACGGCGAACUGGUGAUUCUCGGGUAUAAUGGCUCUCUUCCCGGAGGAGACCGCGGUCGCAAGAGGAGCCGCUUCGCUCUUCACCGGAGGACCAAAGCUAACGGCGUCAAGCCCAGCGCCGUGCACAUCCUCAGCAACCCACACGACAGCAAGGCGGUGAACAGCAGGGGGCAGCACAGCAUCUCCUUCACUCUCUCCAGGAGCCAGACGGUGGUGGUGGAGUAUUGCCAUGACAACCUCACAGACAUGUUCCAGAUCGGCCGCUCCACCGAGAGCCCCAUAGACUUCGUGGUGACCGACACACCAGGAGCAUCCCAGGAGAGCGAGGACUCGAGCUCGGCUCCCAGCACCAUCUCCCGCUUCGCCUGCAGGAUCGUCUGCGACCGAAACCCGCCCUACACCGCCCGCAUCUACGCCGCCGGCUUCGACUCCUCCAAGAACAUCUUCCUCGGGGUCAGUAGUGCUGAGAAAGCAACUAAAUGGAAGAAUCCGGACGGUCACAUGGACGGACUGACGACUAACGGCGUUCUGGUGAUGCAUCCUCUGGGUUUCCCGGAAGAGCCCAAGCAGGGCCUGUGGAGAGAGAUCUCUGUGUGCGGAGACGUCUACGCUCUCAGAGAGACCCGAUCCGGACCCAUCCGCGGCCAGCUGGCACAGGGUGAGAGCAGCGCUCUGCAGGACGGUUCUCUGGUGGAUCUGUGUGGAGCGACGCUGCUCUGGCGAACAGCAGACGGUCUGCUGAAGGCCCCGACCCUGCGGCACCUGGAUGCCCUGCGUCUGGAGCUGAACGCGGCGCGGCCGCAGUGCCCCGUGGGUCUGAGCACGCUGGCCUUCCCCAGCCUCCCGCGGAGCCACAGUCUGGAGGAGCACCAGCCCUGGGCCUAUCUGAGCUGCGGACACGUCCACGGCCGACACGACUGGGGCCAGCGGCCCGAGGGCCACCGUGAGCGCGAGGAGGGCCCCUGCGGCCGGAGGGAGUGUCCGCUCUGCCGCACCGUGGGGCCGUACGUCCCGCUGUGGCUGGGGACCGAGCCGGGCUUCUACACGGACGCCGGGGCCCCGACUCACGCCUUUGUGCCCUGCGGUCACGUGUGCUCGGAGAAGACGGGCCGGUACUGGGCCCUCACGCCGCUGCCUCACGGGACACACGCCUUCAGACCCACCUGCCCCUUCUGCUCGGCCCCGCUGGCCGCCGGCCCCGGGGUCACACGCCUCAUCUUCCAGGGCCCCAUCGAUUGAUGAGGGGGCCGAAAGGGGUCGCGAGUCUCACGAGGGGCUGUGUUAGAAAUAUCAACAUCGUGCAGCUGCCUUCAAGUCACAACAGUGUCAUUUAUAUCUUGACGGGUUAAGUGCGUCGACUGCAGUUAGCAUAACAGAAGAGAUCAUUCAGCCCAAAAUCAUCAUGUGACCCUGCAGCACAAAAGCAGUGUUA